AUGGCUGCGGAGAAAGGCGCCCCCAACGGGGACCUGGGAGCGGCCCGGGAAGAGGGGCCCGGGCCGGGCGCCUCCCGGCUGCGGGGCUGCCUGCGAGCCAACCUGCUGGUGCUGCUGACGGUGGCGGGCGUGUUGGCCGGCGUGGCGGUGGGGCUGGGCGUGCGGCAGAUGCCCCGCGAGCUGAGCGCGACCCACGUGCUCUACUUCUCCUUCCCGGGCGAGCUGCUGCUGCGCCUGCUGAAGAUGAUCAUCCUGCCCCUGGUGGUGUGCAGCCUGGUGGCCGGGGCGGCCAGCCUGGACCCCGCGGCCCUGGGGCGGCUGGGCGGCUGGGCCAUGCUCUUCUUCCUGCUGACCACCCUGCUGGCCUCCUCCAUCGGCGUCGUGCUGGCCUUCAUCGUCAAGCCCGGGGAGGGCGCCUCGCCCCCCAAGCAGCUGGGGCAGGCGGGGGAGAUGCCCCCCUCCAAAGAUGUGGCCGAUUCCUUCCUGGACCUGAUCAGGAACAUCUUCCCCUCCAACCUGGUCUCUGCUGCAUUCCGAUCGUAUGCGACUACUUACGAGUUGCUGCCAAUUAAAAAGAACUUAACGGAUGAGCAGGGUGUCACUGUUGAAAAUGACACCACGCUGAAGGUCCUCAAAGGCGGAGAGGUCGAAGGGAUGAACAUUCUGGGCCUGGUGGUCUUUGCCAUCGCCUUUGGGAUCGCUCUGCGGAAGCUUGGGGCUGAAGGGGAGAUCCUGGUCAAGUUCUUCAACUCCUUCAACGAAGCCACCAUGGUGUUGGUCUCCUGGAUCAUGUGGUACGCCCCCCUGGGUAUCAUGUUCUUGGUUGCUGGCAAGAUAGUAGAAAUGGAGGAUGUGGUAGCUCUCUUCACCAGCCUGGGAAAGUACAUCUGCUGCUGCUUCGUGGGCCACGCCAUCCAUGGCCUCCUUGUCCUGCCGGCCAUCUACUUCGUCUUCACGCGCAAGAACCCCUAUCGGUUCCUUUGGGGCAUCUUCACUGCCUUGGCCACUGCCUUUGGUACUUCCUCCAGCUCCGCUACUCUGCCUCUGAUGAUUAAAUGUGUCGAGGAGAACAAUGGCGUCUCCAAGCACAUCAGCCGCUUCAUCCUGCCCAUCGGGGCCACGGUCAACAUGGACGGGGCGGCUCUCUUCCAGUGCGUGGCCGCCGUCUUCAUCGCCCAGCUGAACAGCAUUCCCCUCAACUUCAUCCAAGUCAUCACCAUUCUGGUCACUGCGACAGCGUCCAGCGUUGGGGCGGCCGGGAUUCCUGCAGGCGGCAUCCUGACCCUCGCCAUCAUCUUGGAGGCUGUUGGGCUGCCCACCAACGACAUCUCCCUCAUUCUGGCAGUGGACUGGCUUGUGGAUCGCACGUGCACUGUCCUGAAUGUGGAAGGGGAUGCCUUUGGCGCUGGCCUCUUGCAGGCGUACACAGAGAGGACGGAGGGCCGGAUGGAGGCGGAAGAGCUGAUGGAGAUUAAGACGGACGUGGCGGACGGCGUCAAAGGGGUGCACACCGAGGAGGGGUCUCCGCUGAUCAAGAGGGGCGGGCCUCCCCGUUUGGUGCGCAUCAACUCUUGUGAAAAGGAAUCCGUGAUGUAA